AUGGUCCUCGACCACACAGCCUUCCCCCUCCUCAUCGACUACAUCAUCGGCUAUGCCGACAUGGACUCUCUCUUGGCUUGGCGCGGCACUUCGCGUAUGUAUCGCGAUCGCAUCAACCGCCUCGUGUUCAAGCACGUCGUCAUACCACAUAUUGAGCCAGUGGGCAAGGGCUACGCCAUGACCCUCGGCAUGAUCCCAGAGGCUUCAGCUCGUGUCCCACCUCUCUCACUCAACCGGUCACUUCCCUUCGCCCCUGCUGGAGUCACAAUUCUCGACAUUCCCCGAGUUCAUCAGUCCGUCACACUUUCUGUCGCUCAGGAGUUGAGGGACAUCUCUGCGAAGGUCGUGAACUUUGAACGGUUCACGAACCUCCACACCCUCCGCCGCUCGGGUGGCAGGGUCACAGAGAGGGGGUCGAACUUCGUCCAGACCGUCACUACCGUCGUGGACUUUCCGGACCAGGACCUCUGGGAGGAGAAGAACAAGGCGAUCGUCUACCUCCCGCACCACGUCAGGCGAUACGUCCUUCAUCUCAAGUGGGCGAACAAGUUCAACACCACGAUCGAGUUCAAGAGCACACGGCGCAUCAGGGACUGGGUACUCGUCCUCCACCACGCACCUUGCAAAGGGAGCACACCAGGGGUUCCUCCGGACCUUGAGAGGGUAAUUCGACAGAUGGCGAGGGUCUUCAAGAGCAAUCGAAGUAGCACAGUGACCUUUGUUGGCGCCGAGCGGAUCAACCCAAGGCACUUCGGCGCACCGGGGGCCAAGAAUCCUGCUGUAUCCGCCGACCGCUUCAAGGCUGCAGUUGAACGGGUAUGGGAAGACCUUCCAGACGAGUUUCGGCCGCCCACCCUGGACCAGCGGAUCCAGUUCCUCACAUAUGACGACUGGCUCCUCACGCUGGGUGACAAGAAAGACAUUGAGGGACGUUGGCUUAGGCCUCGGCGCCACGUCCUGUGCAGUGCCUGCGAGAGAGAGGCAAGUCAAUAUGGUGGAUCCCACUAA